AUGACACAAAUUCAAUCUGAAAUUAUUCCCAAUCUGACUUAUCUAUCAUUUUUGUUAGGAUCUGAAUUCAAUGUGCCACAUCAAUUAGUUUGUGAUGUGUUCUCCAAUAAAUUUUCAUCUCUUCGUUAUGUUAAUUUGUGUCGUAUUGAUGAGUCCACUCGUCAUUCAUGGAGUACAUCAUCUUCUCUUCAAUUUGUAUCAAUUCUUUCUUGUCAACCAAUUUCUAUUCCAGCCAUUCUUGCUUCCUGUCCCAAUCUUCAUCAUCUUCAAGUUCAUGUCUUGCAUAAUAAUGAUGAUCUUGUUACUUCAUUUUCACCAUCAAAUCAUUCACUUCGACGACUGACUCUUUGGAGUGAUUCUACCGAACUCACUUUUAAUGAUAUUGAUAAUAUUCUUACUUAUACACCUAACAUUGAAUAUUUGUAUUUACAAACAAUUUAUUCUAUGUCUUUUAUUGAUUUGGCUCAUAGUUUGAUCAAUCAACUGCAUUAUUUAUCUCAAUUCGACUGUUAUAUUAAAGAAAUGUUGCCUAAAGAUGAUAGAAUUGAGACUUUAACUACUGUACGUCAAAUUCAUUCUUGUUUUAAUCGAAUUCAAUUUAUUGAAGAAAAUGAUGAGUUUCGAACUAUUACUACUAAAUAA